UCUCCCAGAAUGCAAUGUGAGCGUUGCGUCACAACACCUGCCUGACGUUAGUAGCCGGAGUUCCGCGUGUUCGGAUGCAUUGUUAAUAUAAUACAUGGAUGUGGCAUACGAUGGAAAGUCGAGGAGUUUCAGCGAUUAUAUUUGACUUCGACAACACGCUGGUCGAUACCGCCGGCGCAGGACGAAUUGCCAUUCAGAAGGUGUGUGAGCUGCUGAAGUCGAUGCAUGUGCAGGAGAGCCACAUCAAAGACAUCUGUGAUCACUUUUUACGAAAGCUUCUCCAUGAAUCGUUCGACCCGUCAGAAGGAAAAACAAUAGACGAUGUGAGGAUUCAUCACUGGCAUGAAGCCCUACAGGAGACGCAGGGCUCAGAUCCUGAUCCGGCCCUGGCCACCAGCUGCUACUACACAUGGAAGAACACACGAUUACAGGUGCUGACUCUUUCUCCUGAGGUUCGAGCUCUCCUGGAGGAACUGCGGAAGAGCUACACACUACUUCUGAUUACCAACGGCGAUACUCAGACGCAGUGGGAGAAGAUCGAAGCGGUGAGAUGUAAGGGUCUCUUUAGUUUGGUGGUGGUCGGAGGAGAUCAUCCUGAGCAGAAACCAGCACGCUCCAUCUUCACUCACUGCUUCGAGUCUGCGGGAGUCCGGCCGCAGGACUGCGUCAUGGUGGGAGAUUCUCUCAGUACAGAUAUCCAGGGAGGCAUUGAUGCAGGCGUGCGGGCCACUGUGUGGAUAAACAGUGACUGUAAAUCUCUCCCGCAGGGCUCUGUGACUCCAGACUACACUGUUCCUAGUGUACUGAAUUUAAAUGAUGUUCUACUUAAACUGAGAUGAAUUCUACAUAUGUAUUUUUUCAGUUUUUAAAGAAAAUUUGGCAGAACAAUGGGAUGAAGACUUAUAUCAGCAGCUUAGAAAAACUGUUUUAAUCUAUAAAAGGGUGGACUUCUCAUACAGUGACCAUAAUGUUGCGGACACAUGACUAGGCAAAUUAUACUUUCUUGUAAUCAUCAAAUGACAUCUGGAUUUUCUACUUGAAGCUGUUCAUGUCCUACUAAUUAUUUUUUCUGUGGCAAUACUAUUAACUCCAAAAUAAACCUGUGUAAUUUGAGUACUCAGUAGACAUAACCACAA